CAUGGGAGAAGACAUUUCGUCAGAUUGGCUUUGAAAGCUUGAAGGGAGCAGAUGCUGGCAAUGGGAUCAGAGUAUUUGUACCAGAUAUUGGAAUGUUCAUUGCUAGUUUGACCACAUGGCUCGUUUGCAGAAAUAUUGUACAGAAGCCAGUGCCAGAAGAUGCAGCCCAGUACAACAUGCAAUUUGAAAAUGAAGAAAUGGCUGGAAGAGAAAAAGCAGAUUCUGAAGAAGCCUUGCUAUAUGAAGAGGACUUAGAUGCAGGAGAUGCUAUUGAAGGGGAAUUGGAAGAAAGUACAAAAUUAAAAAUAUUGCGUAGGUUUGCCUCACUUGCUUCCAGAUUGAAAGAGUUCAUUGGCAACAUGAUUGCCACUGCUGGAAAAGUUGUUGUGACCAUCUUACUUGGUUCAACAGGUAUGAUGUUACCAUCUUUGACUUCAUUAGUAUAUUUCUUUGUAUUUUUGGGACUAUGCACAUGGUGGUCUUGGUGUCGCACUUUUGACCCCCUGAUAUUCAGCUGCCUUUGUGUUUUAAUGGCCAUCUUCUCUGCUGGGCACUUGAUUGGACUUUAUUUGUACCAGUUUCAAUUCUUUCAAGAAGCAGUUCCACCUGGAGACUACUAUGCAAGGUUAUUUGGCAUCACAUCAGUAAUUCAAACAAACUGUUCAAGCACAUGGAAGAUCAUAGUGCACCCAAAGUUGUCCUGGUAUCAUCACGCCAACCCCAUUCUAUUACUGGUGACAUAUUAUACUCUGGCAACUCUGAUUCGACUUUGGCUACAAGAACCCAUUGUUCAGGAUGAUGAAACCUAUGAUGAAGAUAAAGAUAUGCCUUGCAGUCCUGUACAAAUCACUGCAGAAAGAAGGCGAAGUUUGUGGUAUGCAACCCACUACCCAACUGAUGAGAGAAAACUGUUGUCCAUGACCCAAGAUGACUACAAACCAUCUGAUGUUCUGUUGGUCACUGUGAAUGGCGCUCCUGUUGAUUAUCAUACCAUACAUCCUAGCCUGCCCAUUGAGAAUGGCCCAGCCAAAACUGACAUGUAUUCCACACCACAGUACAGAUGGGAGCCAUCUGAUGAAACAUCAGAAAAGAAAGAGGAAGAAGAAGAGGAGGAAGAAGAAAAUAGGAGCCAAGAGGAAAAGCCAAAUGUUAAAGUACAUGCCAUGGUCUCUGUGUUUCAGUUUAUUAUGAAACAAAGUUACAUCUGUGCUCUCAUUGCCAUGAUGGCUUGGAGUAUUACAUAUCAUAGCUGGCUGACUUUUGUGCUGUUGAUUUGGUCUUGCACUCUUUGGAUGAUUCGCAACAGAAGAAAAUAUGCAAUGAUCAGUUCUCCUUUCAUGGUUGUUUAUGGGAAUCUGCUACUGACAUUACAAUACAUAUGGUCUUUUGACCUUGAGGAAAUUAAAGAGGUUCCAGGAUUUCUAGAAAAAAAAGCACCAGGGGAACUUGCAUCAAAGAUUCUUUUUACCAUUACUUUCUGGCUGCUGCUUAGACAGCACCUCACAGAGCAAAAAGCACUACAAUUAAAGGAAGCUCUUUUAUCUGAGGUUAAAAUUGGAAGCCAGGAAGAUGAGGAAAAAGAAGAUGAUGAACUUCAAGACAUAGAAGUGGAAGGAGAACCCAAGGAAAAAGAAGAAGAUAAAGGAAAGAUAAAAAAGCAGGAAAGCAAGAAAGAAGAAGAUCAUGAUGAAGAAGAUGAUGACCAGGACAUUAUGAAAGUGAUGGGAAAUUUGGUGAUGGCCAUGUUCAUUAAAUAUUGGAUUUAUGUUUGUGGAGGAAUGUUCUUCUUUGUCAGCUUUGAGGGUAGAAUUGUAAUGUACAAAAUCAUCUAUAUGGUGCUCUUCCUGUUUUGUGUGGCAUUGUAUCAGGUCCACUAUGAAUGGUGGAGGAAGAUACUAAAAUACUUUUGGAUGUCAGUUGUUAUUUACACUAUGCUGGUGCUUAUAUUCAUAUACACAUAUCAGUUUGAAAAUUUUCCAGGCCUUUGGGAGAAUAUGACAGGAUUAAAUAAAGAAAAGCUAGAAGAUCUUGGUUUGAAGAAGUUUACUAUUACAGAGUUAUUUACUCGCAUAUUUAUCCCAACUUCCUUUUUACUUGUGUGCAUAUUACAUCUUCAUUAUUUCCAUGACCGCUUCCUGGAGCUCACAGACUUAAAGUCUAUACCCAGCAAAGAGGACAACACCAUCUACAGACUGGCGAACCCAGAGGGAAGCCUUCCAGACCUCGCCAUGAUGAAUCUAACUGCAAGCAUGGAAAAAGAGGCAAUGAGGAGGCUUGAAGAGGAUGGUCAGGAGAAGACAGAAGAGUACUAUGAGGAAGAAGAAAAAGGUGGGGAUAGGAAAGACAGUGAAGAUGAAGAAGAAGAAGAUGAAGAUGGUGAGGAGGAAUCUGAGGAGGAAGAAGAAACUUCAGAUAUAAGAAACAAAUGGCAUCUAGUAAUUGACCGUCUCACAGUACUAUUCUUAAAAUUCCUGGAGUACUUUCACAAACUGCAGGUUUUCAUGUGGUGGAUUUUGGAAUUGCAUAUCAUCAAAAUUGUUUCAUCAUAUAUCAUCUGGGUUACAGUAAAAGAGGCAAGUACACUUUUGAUUCUCGUAUUGAGCUUAGAUGCUGAAGAUCUUGUGUAUGUGCUUAUGGGUAAAUCACCUUAUAUCUCUGACAGUCAGCUUUAUCAUCUGCGAACAGCGAUGAUCUAUAUUAUCUAUGACCAAUAUAGUGAGGUGUCUCUCUUCAACUAUGUAUUUUUGAUUUCUUGGGCUUUUGCUUUGCCAUAUGCCCAACUACGUCGUCUGGCUUCAAGCAUCUGCACUGUCUGGACGUGUGUGAUUAUUGUCUGCAAAAUGUUAUACCAGCUUUCCACCAUUGAUCCUGUCAAAUUUUCUGUUAAUUGUACCUGGAAUAAUCUACUGAUGCUAGCUAUUCUAGCUUUUGAAGUAACUAUUUACCGCCAUCAGGAAUAUUAUAGAUGUAGAAAUAACCUUACAGCACCUGUGUCUAAAACCAUUUUUCAUGACAUUACAAGAAUGCAUCUGGAUAAUGGACUCAUCAAUUGUGCCAAGUAUUUCAUAAAUUACUUUUUCUACAAGUUUGGGUUGGAGACUUGUUUUCUAAUGUCAGUUAAUGUAAUUGGCCAACGAAUGGACUUCUAUGCUAUGAUUCAUGCUUGUUGGCUAAUUGCCGUAUUAUAUAGAAGAAGAAGAAAAGCUAUUGCAGAAAUCUGGCCAAAGUACUGCUGCUUUCUGGCAUGUAUCAUUACAUUCCAGUACUUUGUGUGCAUUGGCAUUCCACCUGCUCCUUGUAGAGAUGACUUCAUGCUGCUAUUGUGUGCUUCCUUACAACGACAAACUUUUGAGGAUGAAAACAAAGCUGCAGUGCGGAUCAUGGCUGGGGAUAAUGUAGAAAUAUGUAUGAGCCUUGAUGCAGCAUCUUUUAGCCAACAUAAUCCUGUGCCAGAUUUCAUUCACUGCCGAUCUUAUUUGGACAUGUACAAAGUGAUUAUCUUUAGCUAUCUCUUCUGGUUUGUUCUUACAAUCAUCUUCAUUACUGGAACCACUAGGAUCAGCCUAUUCUGCAUGGGUUAUUUGGUGGCCUGUUUCUAUUUCCUGCUGUUUGGAGGGGAUUUGCUGUUGAAACCCAUCAAAAGCAUCCUCCGCUGUUGGGACUGGCUGAUCGCAUAUAAUGUUUUUGUGAUUACAAUGAAAAAUAUACUGUCAAUUGGAGCAUGUGGUUAUAUUGAGUCCUUGGUGCAGAAGAAUUGCUGGCUGAUCCAAGCCUUCAGCUUGGCUUGUACAGUAAAAGGCUACAAAAUGCCUCUUGAUAAUAAGGAAUGCAAAUUGCCCAGUGGUGAGGCUGGGAUUAUCUGGGACAGUAUAUGUUUUGCAUUCCUUUUGCUACAAAGAAGAGUUUUCAUGAGUUACUAUUUCCUCCAUGUGGUUGCUGACAUAAAAGCUUCACAGAUCCUGGCAUCAAGAGGUGCUGAACUUUUCCAGGCUACAAUUGUAAAGGCUGUGAAAGCAAGAAUGGAGGAAGAGAAAAAAUCAAUGGACCAGCUGAAGAGACAAAUGGACCGCAUCAAAGCCAGGCAACAGAAAUACAAAAAGGGGAAAGAGAGAAUGUUGAGUUUGACCCAGGAAUCAGGUGAAGGACAGAGUCUUCAAAGAGUCUCUGAAGAGGAUGAUGAAAGAGAAGCAGACAAACAGAAAGCCAAGGGCAAAAAAAAGCAGUGGUGGCGGCCUUGGGUUGAUCAUGCUUCCAUGGUCAGGAGUGGAGAUUAUUAUUUGUUUGAGACGGAUAGUGAAGAGGAAGAAGAAGAAGAAGAAAAAAAAGAUGAAGAACCACCAAAAAAGUCAGCGUUCCAGUUUGUUUAUCAGGCCUGGAUAACUGAUCCCAAAACAGCUCUCCGACAGAGAAGAAAGGAAAAGAAAAGGUCUGCAAGAGAAGAGCAAAAACGUAGGAGGAAAGGAUCUGGAGAAGGUCCUGUGGAAUGGGAAGACCGAGAAGAUGAACCAUUAAAAAAGAAAUCUGAUGGUCCAGAUAAUAUCAUCAAAAGGAUAUUCAAUAUUUUAAAGUUUACCUGGGUCCUGUUUUUGGCAUCAGUGGAUAGUUUUACAACUUGGCUUAAUUCAAUUUCACGAGAGCACAUAGACAUAUCUACAGUACUAAGAAUUGAGCGAUGCAUGCUGACCAGAGAAAUUAAAAAGGGUAAUGUUCCAACUCGGGAAAGCAUCCAUAUGUACUAUCAGAAUCACAUUAUGAAUCUUUCUAGAGAGUCAGGACUGGACACAAUUGAUGAAAACCCUGGUGCUUCUUCAAGCUUAAAAACAGCCCAACGGAUGGAUAGCUUAGAUUCUCAUGACAGUAUUUCCAGCUGCUACACUGAAGCAACCUUGCUGUUCUCAAGGCAGUCCACCCUUGAUGAUUUAGAUGGACGAGAAACUAUUCCUAAAACAAGUGAGCGGGCCCGGCCUAGGCUUCGUAAAAUGUACAGCAUGGAUAUGUCCUCUUCAUCAGCUGACAGUGGCAGUUUAGCAUCAAGUGAGCCCACCCAGUGUACCCUAUUAUAUUCUCGCCAAGGAACAACUGAAACUAUUGAGGAAGUAGAAGCAGAGCAAGAAGAAGAAGUAGUGGGCCCUUUGCCUGAACUAAAAGAUGAAGAAGAUGAUGAGUAUGAUGAGGACUCAGUGGAGGUGGAUCUCACCUCAGAUGCUGAGUUGCCACAGUAUUCCACUAUGGAGACUGUGGAUACAAUAGAUACUGUGGAUGGUGAUGUAGAGGCUCCACCUUCCUAUAGCAAAGCAGUGAGCUUUGAACGCCUCUCCUUUGGCUCCCAUGAUGCCUCUGAUGACAAGAACCAUAUGGUAGUGAGUCCAGAUGAUAGCCGGACAGAUAAGUCGGAGAUAAGCAUCCCACUCCCUUUGACACAUGAGCUGACAGCUAGUGAACUUCUUUUAAACAAGAUGUUUCAUGAUGAAGAGCUAGAAGAGUCAGAAAAAUUUUAUGUUGAUCAGCCUCGGUUCUUGCUCCUGUUUUAUGCUCUCUAUAAUACUCUAGUGGCCCGUUCAGAAAUGGUGUGUUAUUUUGUGAUUAUACUCAAUCACAUGAUCUCUGCUUCCAUGAUUACCCUUGUACUUCCUAUCCUUAUCUUCCUUUGGGCCAUGUUGUCAGUUCCUAGGCCCAGUAGGCGUUUCUGGAUGACAGCCAUUGUCUAUACAGAGGUGGCCAUUGUCAUCAAAUAUUUCUUCCAAUUUGGUUUCUUUCCCUGGAACAAGAAUCUGGAUUUCUACAAAGAUAAGCCAUACCAUCCACCAAACAUCAUUGGAGUAGAGAAAAAAGAGGGUUAUGUGCUUUAUGAUCUUAUUCAACUCUUGGCUCUUUUCUUCCACAGAUCAAUUUUAAAGUGUCAUGGUUUAUGGGAUGAAGAUGAUACUGUUGACACUGGGACCAAUAAAGAUGAUUCUGAUGAUGAACUCUCACUAAACACGGGAAGAAGAGAUUCCUCUGACUCUCUGAAAUCUAUCAAUCUCGCAGCAUCAGUGGAAUCGGUACAUGUCCACUUCCCAGAGCAACAGGCAGCCAUCAGACGAAAGAGCUCCAGCAGCAAUUCACACCUGUCCCACAGAUCUAGUUUCUCCUCAAACAGAUCUAAGAGAGGCAGCACCAGUACUCGGAACAGUAGUCAAAAAGGAAGCAGCGUACUCAGCAUCAAGCAAAAGAGCAAAAAGGAGCUAUAUAUGGAAAAGUUCCAAGAACAUGUCAUCAAAGCAAAAGCAUUCACUAUAAAAAAGACCCUCCAGAUAUAUGUGCCCAUCCGACAAUUCUUUUAUAACCUCAUCCACCCAGACUACAGUGCUGUGACUGAUGUAUAUGUGCUGAUGUUUCUUGCUGACACUGUGGACUUCAUCAUUAUUGUGUUUGGCUUUUGGGCCUUUGGGAAACACUCAGCAGCAGCAGACAUCACAUCUUCAUUAUCAGAAGAUCAAGUCCCUGAGGCAUUUUUGGUAAUGGUGCUCAUUCAAUUUGGAACCAUGGUUGUAGAUCGAGCAUUAUAUCUCCGGAAGACUGUUUUGGGAAAAGUGAUUUUCCAAGUCAUUCUUGUGUUUGGAAUACACUUCUGGAUGUUCUUCAUCUUGCCAGGUGUGACUGAGAGGAAGUUCAGCCAGAACCUUGUUGCUCAGCUUUGGUAUUUUGUGAAAUGUGUUUAUUUUGGCCUGUCUGCCUACCAGAUUCGCUGUGGCUAUCCAACUCGAGUACUGGGAAACUUCCUCACCAAAAGUUACAAUUAUGUCAACCUCUUCUUAUUUCAAGGGUUUCGCCUGGUUCCAUUUUUGACUGAAUUGAGAGCCGUGAUGGACUGGGUGUGGACAGACACCACUCUGAGCCUUUCCAGCUGGAUCUGUGUAGAAGAUAUUUAUGCUCACAUAUUCAUUCUGAAGUGCUGGCGGGAAUCUGAAAAAAGAUACCCCCAGCCUCGAGGACAGAAGAAAAAAAAGGUUGUAAAGUAUGGCAUGGGAGGCAUGAUCAUUGUCCUACUGAUUUGUAUUGUCUGGUUCCCCCUCCUUUUCAUGUCUCUGAUCAAGUCAGUUGCUGGGGUCAUCAAUCAGCCCCUCGAUGUUUCUGUCAAGAUAACUCUAGGAGGGUAUCAGCCUAUUUUCACAAUGAGUGCUCAACAGAGCCAAUUGAAACUUAUGGAGCCAGCUUUGUUUAGAUCAUUUCUAAAGAAUUAUUCAACAAAUACUAAUGCUAUGCAAUUUCUGGAAAAUUAUCAAAGAGAAGACAUAACAGUAGUAGAACUGGAAGGAAAUUCAAAUUCUUUGUGGACCAUCAGCCCUCCCAGUAAGCUGAAAAUGAUAAAAGAACUCAAGGAUUUUAAUAAUAGCUUCUCUCUUGUUUUUUCAUGGAGUAUUCAGAGAAACCUCAGUCUGGGUGCAAAAGCAGAAAUAGCAUCAGAUAAGAUUUCUUUUAAACUUGAGAAUGACACCAGAAAAUCUAUUGCAGAUAUGAUGUCUGACAACAAAACCACAGUGACACCAGCGACUAUAAAAGGAAUAUAUCCAUAUUACCUCAAAGCUCCUAGUGAUGCCAAUACAAAACCCAUAAAGCAGCUUUUAAAAGAUAAUAAUUUUAAAGAUAUAACCAUCAUUUUGUCCCGAGACAACAACAGUAUAACUGAGAACGAGUGGUGGGUUCUCAACCAGCUUGGAAACAAGUUACAUAAUAAAAAUAAUCAAGGUUUGGAGUUGGUGGUAUUCAAUGACAAAGUUAGCCCUCCCAGUCUUGGAUUUCUUGCUGGUUAUGGCAUUAUGGGACUGUAUGCUUCCGUUGUCCUUGUAAUUGGGAAGUUUGUUCGUGAAUUCUUCAGUGGGAUCUCUCACUCUAUAAUGUUUGAAGAGCUUCCAAAUGUAGAUAGAAUUUUGAAAUUGUGCACCGACAUUUUCUUAGUAAGAGAGACAGGGGAACUGGAACUAGAGGAAGACUUAUAUGCCAAACUGAUAUUCUUGUAUCGCUCACCAGAGACAAUGAUCAAAUGGACUAGGGAAAAAGACAACUGAUGCUGUGAGAUACAAAAUGCAAAUAAAAUUGACAUUUAAUUUUUUUAAAAGCACAAAAUUCUCAGAAGAACCAAGUGUUUUAUAGUUGGGCAUUGGUGAUCUCUCCCAGAUCUCUUGGAAUCCAUGCCACCUUUUCGACUAAGGGAUGAUGGAGAAGAUUGGUUUUGAUGUUUUUAAAUUCCACUUCUAUCAAACCAUGGGAACUUGAUUUAUAAUGUUGUCAGCAGUGUCUGACACUGUGGCCAAGCAAAAGAGCCAUAUGAAUUCCGAGAAGACCAAGAGAGAAAAGAAGAAAAAGAAAAGAUGACCAUGGAUGGUUUAACUGGGUCUACAAUGGUAACACCGUUUGGGUAUACAAAAUCCAGUUUUCCAUCACUAACUGUGAAGAAGCUAUAAUGGAAAAUCAGGAGACCGCCAGCACACAAGCAGUGGGGAAUAGCAACUUGAGGCUGCCUCUUCGCACUAUUCUGUUUUUGACUAAACAGAAAUAUUGAUCCAUUGAGACCUCAAACAGAGAACAAGCCUCAUUCUAAGCAAAAAGAUAACCUUAGUGAUAAUCUCUUACUGCCUUAUUUUAUUUGAAAAAAAUCAUAUGAAGAAAAUUUCCAUUAAAUAUCAAUGACUUCUCAGGAAAAACAAAAAAACAAAAACAAAAACAAGUGAAACCCAUUUUGCUAAGAUCCCGCUAAUUGCUAACACCAAUGACGUCGACUGUUUUAUGAGGUUAUUUGCUUCAUAGUUACUGCUCCUCGUUAGACAUAGACAUACAAUAUAAAACAAGGCAACUCAAUUAUAUAAGGAGCACUUUGACUUUAUAAAUCUUUAAUAACUGAGGUCAUAAACAUCCUCCUGCCUUUUCCCCAUCCUUUAACAUGCUUUUCCCCCAUUUUGAUGAUUUAAGGCAAUGAUUUUUCCAGUAUGUGACAUUUUCCUUCCAGUUUUUCAGGUAUACCAAAGUGUUUACAAAUUCCAACUCACAUUUUUACAUCCAAGACGGGUUUUUUAAGUUCAUAAUUAUGAAAGAAGUAUGUGUAUGAGCUUGGGGGAAAUAAAAUGGCCUUUUUCUUAAAUUAUUAUGAUUGGUGAUGCAACCUCUUCAUUAAAGAACAAUGUAGCAUGAAAA